GCGCCGCGCGCCACGUGAGACGGAGCACGGCCCCCGAGUGGCGCGCGCACCCCCUCGCCUCCCGUCGCGUGACUCGGCCGCGGCGCGCCGGAUUAGCGCCUGGCCGCGCCACUUCCGACGCAGCCCUCUUUUCAGGUUCCGGGAGGCCGCGGAGAUCCCGGCCUGUGGGUUGUGUGGGGCGUUCUGCAGAUUCCAGGGCUGCGCGCCCUGCGGCGGCCAAGAUGGAGGAGGCCGGAGCGGCGGUGGCCACAGCUGGAGAUACCGAACUGAACCUGUCCCGCCUCAGCGUAUCCCCCGAGACACUGGAGACGGAGUUGGAGGCGCGGGGCGAGGAGCGGCGCGGUGAGCGGGAGGCGCUGAUGAGGCUACUGCUGCCUCACAACCGUCUGGUGUCGCUGCCGAGGGCGCUGGGCAGCGGCUUCCCUCACCUUCAGUUCCUGGACGUGAGCGGCAACGCGCUGACCGCCCUCGGGCCGGAGCUGCUCUCGCUGCGUGGCCUACGGACGCUGCUGGCCAAGAACAACCGGCUCGGCGGGCCCGGCGCGCUGCCCAAGGGCCUGGCCCAGUCGGCGCUCAGCCGCACUCUCCACGUGCUCAACCUCAGCGGCAACUGCUUCCAGGAGGUGCCCGCCUCGCUGUUGGAGCUGCGCGCGCUGCAGACCCUCAGCCUGGGCGGCAAUCAGCUGCAAAACAUCCCGGCAGAGAUCGAGAACUUGCGGAGUUUAGAGUGUUUGUAUCUCGGAGGAAAUUUCAUCAAAGAAAUCCCACCAGAAUUAGCAAAUCUGCCUUCUCUAACUUAUUUGGUAUUAUGCGACAACAAAAUCCAAAGUGUACCUCCUCAGCUUUCACAGUUGCAUUCGCUUCGUUCCCUUAGUCUUCACAAUAACUUGCUGACAUACCUGCCUCGAGAGAUUCUCAACCUUAUUCAUUUGGAAGAGUUGAGUUUGCGAGGAAAUCCAUUAGUUGUUCGAUUUGUUAGAGAUUUAACAUAUCACCCUCCAACUCUCCUGGAAUUAGCUGCACGGACCAUUAAAACUCGAAACAUUUCCUACACACCCUAUGAUCUUCCUGGGAAUCUUCUUAGAUACUUGGAUUUAGCCAGCAAUUGCCCAAACCCAAAGUGUGGAGGAGUCUACUUUGACUGCUGCGUUAGACAGAUUAAAUUUGUGGACUUCUGUGGGAAGUACCGCCUCCCACUGAUGCACUACUUGUGUUCCCCAGAGUGCUCUUCCCCUUGCAGUUCUGCUUCGCACAGCUCCACAUCCCAAAGUGAGUCUGACUCGGAAGAUGAAGCUAGUGUUGCUGCAGACAGAAUGCAGAAAGUUCUUCUUGGCUGAACAGAAUGCAAGGUGGGAUGGAACACUAAAAGACUGAGCAAAGGUGGUUAGAAAAGAAAGUGGAGUUUGAAGUUCACUAGAAACCUAAUUUUCAUCUUCAAUGUCCACAAAUGUAUCAGAGAUGAUGUAAAAGAUUUUGUUUUUCAUCUACUUGUUCGGCAGGAAUGAAUCCAGUUUCAUGUUUGGAUUCUUUGAAUCUAAUUUACUCUGAGUGGCAUUUUCAAAUUUGGUUUAUAGUUUGCAGUUUUUCACACAAGUUUUGCAUGACUCACACAGCAGAAGGGUGCAUUCUGAAGAGCAAUGCUAUAAUAAACCAUGAGGAGUAUAAUUUGUGGCAGUUAUAAUGAAGAAAGAAAAAACUAUCAGAGCUGUAAUUAUCACCAGAGUUGUUCUUGUAUUUAAGAGGAACACUGUGCCAUAAACAGGAUUAAGCCUUCCUUCUUAAAUUGUCCAUAUGUCGAGGUUACAGAGCUAUUCAGGUAAAUUCACAGAUGGUUACAUAGGACUUAAAACUUACUGACCUACAUAGGACUUAAAACUUACUGACCUACUAACUUUGGUAAAGUAAGGGGUGUAACUUUUAAUUGGGAUGUUAAAAUUCUUUCUUCAGUUCUGUUCCUUUGUUCUAUAUUGUUGUUGUUACCCUUAUGUAACCAAGCAAUAGCUGUUAGUGUAGUGCCUUCAUCCUAACAAGGAUACAGAACCUUAUUCAAGACAUAUUGCCAGAGCAGCCUAUAAUCUGACAUACUAUGCAGAACAUAUUAAAAUAUAUUUUCACAGAACUAGGUAAAUAGCUAUAUAUCUUACAUUUGAGCUCCUGGGCCCAUGGUCACCUGAGCUUCAUAUUUUGUUGUUUUUUUUUUUUUCUUUUUUUCUUUUUGUUUGUUUUUAUAUAUUUUUUUUAAACAUAAAAUGAUCCUCUGUAAUGAUUGCCUGUCAGCAGAUCACUUUUACACUUAAUAGGGGACCCACAGUUUUGUUCAGUUUGUUCAUGAUAAAAUGGAAUACUAAUCUCAACUGAAAAAUCCAAAAAAGAUGUAUCUUUUUAUUUCUUGCAUUAAAUGAGAGGUAAAAUAAGCUUAAAUUUUUUAACAGUCAAAUGUGAAUCUUUUGCCUAUGUCAUGUACUGUACUAUAACUUUCUCUGCAUUUUAAAGAAAAACUUAUACAAAUAGAAAAGCAUUACAGGCAGUCAAAUAAAAUUAGGGGCAGGAGCCACUGUAUUUAUACACAGUAGAACAGAGUUUCCAAAACUAGUUUAACCAUAGGAUACUUUCUGAAAAUUCAUUACAUUUAUUGAUCCUUCAAGUAUAGCAGAAACAUAGUUUCACAAAUUAAUUGCUAUAAGAAAUAACCAAAUUUUUAUUAAUAUAUUUAUGCAGUAAAAUUCACUAGCAAAACUAUAAUUUUAUGUGAAGUAAAAUAUGCAACACAGGCUAGCAAUCCCUAGACAGUUAACGAUGGUUGUUGUAACGCUGUACAGUAACAUGCAGGUCAGACAGACAGUAUGUAGGGUGAUCUCUUUUCUGACUUAUGGCAUUCAUGACUGGGGCACACCAUUUUUUAAAAGCAGGUUGUUGUAUUAUAAUAAUAUAUACAUGUGCUAGGUUUUUUUCAAAUAUAUAUAUAUAAUUUUUUAGAAGAAAAUAUAGUAUAGAAUAGUUUGGGUUUGUUUAUUUGUAUAUUAAUUCAUGAAACAUCAAGAGAGUUUCAUGAACUGCAGUCGUGCAAUGCUGCUAUAGGGUGAUUCCCUUCACCUUGUUAUAUAAUGUAUAAGAUUCUUUUUUCCUUCUGAUUCAGAAAUUUUCUGACUCUUGUCUAUAAAAGUAAUCUGGUAUGUUGCUAAUGCCUAGCAAAGUAGUAUGUGGGUAAUUACAUCAUAAAAUGGAGGUAAUAAAAAGUAAGUCUACUUUGUUUACUUUUCUGUUUGAGCCACAGCAAGCUACAAACUACAAAAUUGUGAAAAGUAAAGAUGGCUUAAGCAGUGCCUAAAUGAUGAGUCUCAAUGUUUUGGUAGUGGGUAACUUAGUUAAGAUACAUAAAUUUUUUUCAUAGAAGAUAAAUACUGUAUUUGUAGUAAAAUACUCAAAUUUAUGUGACCAAAGUUUUCUGGUUUGAUGCCUCUGUUUACUUCCUAAUUGGCUACUAACUUAACCUAAGUGCUAGCAUGGAUCUUCUAAGAGUUAGUCAUUGUAAAAUAAUUGGGUAGGUAAGUAAAUAUAGUACUUGGCAUUACAUACCCCUUUCUAGCUUCCUGGAAAGCAAAGUAUAUUGAUUGAACUUUUACAGAUGUAGAUGGGUCCAACCAGAAACAGUUUCUAGUCUUUGCUGUAUAAUGUAGAUGUAUACCAUGGUGUUCUUUCAACAAAAUAUAUGUUGUGGUUCUCUAUAUAUACAGCUGAAAAUCUGUGAUCAGUUUGUCACUGUCUUGGGUGACUUAAUGAAAUCUAUAUUUUAGCUGUUAGCUUUAUCAUUUUUUAUCUUGGCUAAUCUUUUCAUAAUAGCUGCUAAUAAUUUCUAAGAUUUUCCCUGUUUCUUUUCUCUGCCUUCCAUCUUUUCACAACUGGUGUUCAUAGAAAUUAAGCAGAGGUAAGAUACAAGGGACCUGAUAAUCUAGAAACCAAAAUCAUAUAUAGCUAACUAUAGUUAAAAUGAUAUGCUAUCUCUUUAGUUGGAUAAAUCACAUUUGUUUUUAAACUACAAUUAAAUAAACUUUAACUGGUUUCUUUUAGAGAUUUAUGGAAACUUUAAAGUCUAAUUUUCAUAAUGAAAUAAAUUCUGAAAUAGCUCCAUGUGGAUGAUUUUAGAGACCACUCUAUGGAUAAAACUUCUGUGGACCAAAGCAUUAAUAUUUUUAGAAUGAAACUUUUCAGAACUAAUAUUUUAAACUGGAGUGGGUAGUUUUCGUAUUCCUGAUAGUCUUCAUUCCUAGAAUCCAGUUCAGUUCUCUCUGUCACCAAAUUAUGUGGUAAAAUAGACCUGGAUUUUAGGACAGGCUAGUCUGGGCUGUCAGUAUUGACUGUGUUUGAAUAGUAAAGGUAGAUUUAGAGUGACUCAUUCAUAUUUUACUUGUAAAUGUGUGCCAGAGGUGUCUCUUAUUCUAAAAUUCUUGAUAUUUGGAACUUUAACUUUACCAAAUUUAAAAGUAGAGACUUUCAUGGUAAAUUGUACCACAAAUUUAAGAAAUUUUUGUGCUGAUGUAAAUUAAAUUAAAAGUCAGUCCAAGUUAAAGCAUUGUAAUACUGCAGACCAGUUCUAAUAGAUAUUGUUAAGUAUCAAUUUUAUACAAAAGGAGAGAAGGCAAAGGCUGCUUGCUGAAAUGUUAAAUGAAAGAAAUUUUAAAUGUAAGAAAUGGCAGGGAAAGAGAGGUCACCAGACACCCAGAGAAAUCCCAGAGCCCAGAAAGCCCUUUAAAGUAAUAGUGAGUUGUUUCAAAUGAAGCUAUUAAGUAGCACACUGCUGUUGGGAGAUUGUUCACAUCCCUUCAUAAUGAAAAGUCAGCAAGGAAUAGGGUCUUCUUCAGCUGACUUUGCUCUUCCCAAAGGUAGAAAGUCUUACCUCAUUAAUCUGGAAUUUGUGGUACAACCUGUAGCUUUGAGUUAAUGUUUACUUUUUCAUUACAUAAAAAAGAAUAAUCACUAAGCCAAUAAGUAGUGCAAAUAAAGUUUGGCCUUUUUAAAGCAUUUUAGCAAAAGCCAUUUAUAUAAAAAGCUAAUGGUUAUUAAUCCUAAAUUUUCAAAAGACCUCAUAUAGAAUAAAAAAGCUGUCAGUUACUGCAUGUAUAAAGUUAAACUGCAUUUAUUUAGAAAUACCUAUUUUUUACCUAAAUGCCCCCCUUUCUUCUCAUCUAAAUUAUAGAUUUUAUUAUGUUAGUAAAGAAGUACUUAACUUUCACUAACUAUGUAAAGCACUAAGGCCUGUAUAACAUUAAUCUAAUGAAUUUAAUGGCAUCUAUUUUUGUAUUUUCAUUAUACUCAAAAUCUCUUUAAAGGUAGCAGUGUUUUCAGUUGUGAUCACAAAGUAUGUGCCUUAAAUCCUCCACUCUAGACCCAAAGUUUGGGGAACCAUAUCAUUAAAUAAGUUGGGACAGCUUCAUGACCCUUUGUAUUUGACUUGAGGGAGGACUAUGAUCUUGAGAGCCUCCUUCCCUGAAAACAGGGCCUAACGUGUACGAGUUCCAGGCUUCUGGAUUGGGAACCCCAACCAUGCAUAGUGUCACAGAAGGUCAGAGCCACAAGGAUCAGGGUCCCCUGAAAUUGACUGGAAAGGUGUAUUCUCUUUUAUUUUAUAAAGAAAACUUACCUGGUCCCUGGUACCAGAAGGAUUAUAGCGGUUUGUAAUCAGCUUAAUAUUUAUAGCAUCAUAUAAAGUUAUUACUACCCAGAGGCCUAGCAUUUUUCCCCCCAUUGGUUUUCUUUGUAAUACUAGGUUGAAAGGGGAGUGUGUUUUAAUAUUUCUGCCUUUAAAUAUUUCCAUUCUUUUUCUAUCCUUGGUCCAUCUUUACUAAGAAUUGAUGUAGAAAAUAGUUCAUUAACAUAAUGCAUUAUUGAACAUUCACAUGGUAGUAUUGAUUUGGGUGCUAUUAAACUUUUACCUAGCAUUGAUCAGUCUCAAUAAUUAUAAGAGACUGUAUUCAAUCUAGUAAAUAACAAAAUCUGUUAGUUUAAUAAAGGUUAUUUAUAUACUGUCACACCAGAAAGCCAUGGUGGAGAAAGUAACUGCAUUCACCAAAUGUACUUUUUUCCUUUGGCUGUGAAAUAAAUUAGGUAAGACUGUUUUAUUCUAAAUUCCAGUUAAGGGAAGAAACUGGGAUAAGGUUGACAUUGCUAUUACUCUUAAUGCAAAAACAUUACUAAAUUGGUUAAUUGCUCUGUGUACACUGAUGUUUAAGAGAAUCCUUUCACUAACUGAAAUGGUAGACAUUAAUAUGUUUUGAAAGAAUAUUAACCACAACAGUUGCGUAGAGACCUGUGUGCCUGCAAUUGAAGUCUUUUGCAUUUCUGAGCCCAGUUUGGAUUCAUGAGAAACAUAACAUAGUGAGGAAAAUUUUUAGAAUCACUAGUAUUUUAACUUUUUAUUAAGUUUGGGACUUCAAGGAAUCAACAGAGGAUACUAAAAAUAUAUUCCUUUUACUUUGGUAAAACUGCUUUUUAUGAUACAAUUUCUUAAUUUUCUGUAUUGAAAUCUUGCAAAUUAAGAAUUUCUAGAUCUAUAGAUCUGUAUCUAUAGAUAUAGAUACUUAAAAUUAAUGGUAACAAUAAAUUAAUUCAGUGACAUUAUUUAACAAUUUUAUUUUCAGAGCAAGUAUGUUUAUUGUAAUAAGUGCUCUAAGUAUAUUUAAGCAACUUCAAUUCUAGAACCUUCUUCUCUUUCCCAGGAAAUAAAAAAGAAUUUGAUCUUAUAUUAACUAACCAACCCUAUUUGUGAAUUUUGCCUUAUCAAAUAUUGUGCCUUAUUUUAUUCAAAAUGAUUUGUUGGAAUCUGUGUUCUGGAAAACUAACAGUAUUUUAUUUUUAAUUGACAAGCAUUUACAUAAAAAGAAUCUAAAAUCCUUA